AUGCUUAGGAAAGAAAUCACAAAGCGACGAAUUGCAAAGCAAAGAAUGCUUGUUCGCAGGCCCGGCGGCGCGUGCUUGCCGCCGCCUAUCGACGUGCAGGUGGAGGAGACGAAGGUGCACCCGCUGUACGACCCGAAGGACGUGGGCAGCCACCACGACAUCGCGCUGGCGCGCCUCGCCGCGCCCGUGGACUUCCUCAGGGAGGAGUUCGUGCGGCCCGUGUGCCUGCCCAGCAGCCGCGACAACCAGCUGCUGCGCCUGAGCGGGCCGCUGGUGGCCGCGGGGUGGGGUCUCACCGAGGACAAGGAGGGCAGCAACGCGCUCAAGGACGUGCUGCUGCCCGUCAUGCCCUACGAGCAGUGCAAGAAGGUUUUCAUGCAGCCCGGCCUGGAGAAGGAGAUCAUCCCGCAGCAGCUGUGCGCGGGGGGCGUGGCGGGCAUGGACUCGUGCAACGGGGACAGCGGCGGGCCGCUGGUGCUGGAGGCGGACGUGGGCUCGGAGUCCAAGCAGGUCCUCUUCGGCAUCGUCUCCUUCGGCCACAAUGAGUGUGGCACGGCGGGCGUGCCUGGGGUCUACACCCGUGUCGCUUACUACAUGAAGUGGAUUCUGGACACUAUUAGACCCUGAGCACAGCUGCACGUGGAUCACUUGUAGGGCGUUUGUGCUUGCGAACCGGAUUGGAGUAGUAAAUAGAAAUGAAUUUUUUAAAUUGAGAUUUUCGUCAAGACUUUAAGAUCUGAUAUAACGAUAGUUGUUUUCGUUGAAAAAUGUUGAAAUAUUUGUUUGUUCAGUGAGUGUCAAGUAAACAAAUCUCAGAAUAUUUGAGCACAUUUGAAGAGCCAAUGAAUGUGCGCGUCUCUCGCUUCAGUGGAAUUCAAAUGGCAUUACAUUUUUUUUAGAUAACUUGAGGAGCAAUUCCAAACUCAAAUUACCUUGAAGGAAGCAUGUUAAAAGCAGCAUGAAGUGUGAAAUCCAAUCAUUGUAAGAUUGAAUAAAGUCUAGUCUGUAGGAAUAUUGACAAAUGAUUUUUCUUUUAAAUUCCGCCGUAUGCACGUGAGUCUUCUAAACUUCAACAAGAAUGUUAAGGGCAGGUUUAAAUAAGUGAUGUUAAGAGUAUAUGUGGAUUUGGUAAGAUCUUAGAGAUUUUGCAGAAGACAAAACUCAUCUUAAAAACUAUUUUGGAUCAUUUGCAGAAAGGUUUGGCAUUUCUGGAAUGUCAGAACACUGCUUGUACUUAAUUUAAACUUUCAUACAUAAUGAAAUAUUUUAAUUCAAUACAAAAUGUUUGAAUUGUAUGUGGAACUACUAUUUACGGCAAGUCUUCAGAAAAAGGACCAACGUUCGUUGCAAUUCUUUUGCACUGGAAUGUCUAAGCUACAAAAUCCUUAUUUUUUAAUUUGUCCGUUCCUUUUCUUCACUAAAUGCUUUUCCAAUUUAAUGUUGAAUCCCUUUUGAUAUGAAUUAGUGGACUUAAAAAAAAUAGUGGACAUAAAAAUUUAAUUGAAUAAUCUUGUUCAUUUUGUUUGUAAUGGCAGCUUUUCUGAGCAAAUUUCGACUGAUCAUAUUUUUUUUCAUACUCGCUUAUAUGUGGACAUUUGUGACUUUCGAGAGUGAGAUUGAAUUGUAAUUUUCCAAUUGUUUAAAAAUUCUACUGUUGAGUUUUCCAUUUCUACAACAAUAUUUGCUGAUAAAUGUAUUCAUUGUUGAUCUCUUCAUUAGAAAGAAAAAUAUGACAAGAAACAAAUAUUAAUUCCAGUGACUAAUAAACAUUUUAAUUAUAAAUUUUUUGAUCUCUGAAGUUUUUGAAGUUACUUAAUUGUUCAAAUAAUAUAUUGUACAAAUUUGUUAAAAUACAUCUUGUUUUUUAUAUUGGAA